AUGGGUUUGACAUACAAACAAAAUACCAAAGUGAAAGAAAUGUUCAAGCUUAUCGAAAAAUUACAAGUGAGUACAUAGACAUCUAUGCAACAUUUAAAGAACCCAUAAUGUUAAAAAAUUCUUAAGGCUUAUUUUGUUUUCCAUUGCAUGGGUUCUGUGCACCUUUCGUACAAGCAACGAGGUCACGAGAAUUAGUGCAAUUACUGCGCUGAUUUAAAGGUCAACAUAUGCUGAAUAAGUUUUUUCUUUCUUCAGGAAAAUCGUUUGAACGACCAGCGAUGUGAUCCAAACGUUAUCAGCAAGACAAAAAAUGAGCAAUUCUUUGCCAUGAUAUUUCACUCUCAGUCAAAAAGAAUGGACGAUCAACGCUCGGAAUUGCCCGUCAAGACCCAAACACACAAGUAA